ACACAUGACAAGAGCACCAUGGAGGCCCUGCCCGCCUGCCUGCUGAAGGACGUGUACCAGGAGGCGCUGGGCGCCGCAGUCAUCGGCAUUGACGAGGGCCAGUUCUUCCCAGACAUCGUGGAGUUCUGUGAGAUGAUGGCCAAUGCUGGGAAAACCGUCAUUGUUGCUGCUCUUGAUGGGACUUUCCAGAGAAAGGCUUUCGGGAGCAUCCUGAACCUGGUGCCGCUGGCAGAGAGCGUGGUGAAGCUGAACGCUGUGUGCAUGGAGUGCUACCGAGAAGCCUCCUACACAAAGAGGCUGGGAGCAGAGAGGGAGGUGGAAGUGAUUGGAGGAGCAGACAAAUACCAUUCUGUCUGCAGAGCCUGCUACUUCCGCAAGCGGCCACAGCAGCCUGGGUUGGAAAACAAGGAGAACGUGCCCAUGGGGGUGAAGCAGCUGGAUGUGGCCACCUCCAGGAAGAUCUUUGCUUCUUGACUGCUGGGCUCCC